AGGUUAGAUGUCAAAGUCAAAGUGUUAUUGCACUUAUUUUUCCUAAAAAGUGAAUGUAUGUGUUUGUAAGUGCAUGUGUUGUAGUCGUCACCAAAAGCAAAAGUAUAAUUCACGGCGUAAAACAUGCGAUAGGUUAGACGUACUCUUGUCGGCUUUAUUUUUUUACAAUUAGUUAAAUAUAAAAUAACUGAAACAUGUUAACAACAGAUGAUUUUUUACUAGACGAUUAUGUAUUCAAAAGUUCUCCAGAGUCUUGUAGUGACCAUUCCAGUUCUACAGAUUUUAUGGAAGUUACUUCUGAUGAGGACUUCCUUACACAACUAUCAGCAGAUUUAGACAUACCUCUUUUACUUAACCAAGGUGAAGAUGAACUUAGUAUGUUAAAUUCGUUACUCUUUGACAAAAGUCCAGAAGAGAUUUUGUCAGAAACAGCUUCACCGCCUUAUAUUCCAGAAGAUGACUUUCCUAAAGAGAUUUCAGAGCUGCAAAAAAUGGAUUUUUCACAAUGUGGUCCUGAGUCAUUUCCUAAUCUUCAUUCUGAUAUUAAAAAUGAACCUGUUGAUAGUCCCCGAUCGAGCAAAUCAGUUUCCCCAAUAUCUUUAGAACAUAUAAAAGAUGAAGUUAGUAUAAAAACCCCACCUGCCUCACCAAUCAUUAUAAACACAGUAAAAGAAGUGCCCAACAAUGUGAUCUUUGCUCAGCCAGUAAAAUUAUUAUCACAGUCACAUAAUUUACCUCAAAAACAUAUCCCUAUAAUUCCAAAAGCUCACUAUUCAUUACCAGUCUCAAAAAAUAAUGUAGUAGUUAUUAACACUGACUUAAAACCUGUAGUGAAACCACACAAUGUGGUCUUAGUUGAAAAUGUGAAUGUAACUACUGUACCACAGAUACCUGUGCCUAAUGUGCCAGUAAAUACUGUCACUAAUCUUAAUAAGCCUGUGACGGUGCCUUCAGUAGUGAUAGAUAGAACCAAUAAUUUUUCUUUGAAUGGAAGAAACAUAGAUCCCAAGAUACUGAAGAGACAACAAAGAAAAAUUAAGAAUAGAGAGUCAGCUAGUUUGUCAAGAAAGAAAAAGAAAGAUUAUGUCACCUCCUUAGAAGAACAGGUUAAAGAACUAAGUGCAGAGAAUAAGAGACUACAAGCAGAAAAUAUUCAGCUAAAAGAAGCAUUGAUAAAGUAUGAAGUAAACCCGCUUAGUAAAGGAAGUAGAAACGUGAAGCCCAGUGUAUAUUUGUAUAUAUGUUUGUUAGUUAUAGGAGUAAACUUAAAUUUCGUUAGGAAUCCUUUUAGUACAAAAACAGAAGUUGAGUUAGUUCGUUCUAAUAUACCUAGGUUAACAGAUCACCACGGAAGAGGUUUGUUAUGGGCGGAAGAAAACGAUGCAAACGAGAAUAAAACUUCUCCAUUUUCGCCGUUUUUCAUGUGUCCUGCCACGAUAAACCAGACAGAAAGUGCUAGAUUAGUUUUAGAAUUAGAAAGGUGGAUAGGUAAACCAGCCGAUCUUUCAACAAAAAUUACUUUAGAUUUAAAUUCGUCAGUUCCUAUAAACUCAACAGGGAAUUCAAAGAAAGCACGCCCUAAGAGGAAGAAGAAAUAUAGGAUAGAUAGCUCUUUAACCUCUUAUAAAAGGUAUAAACAUUACCGUCAAGAUGAAGAUUCGCCUAAACAUGAAAUUCAGGUAUUUUCUGUAAGACCCGAUCAGCUAUAUUCAGAUUUCUUCGAGGCGAUUAACAGACAAGAUGAUACUUUUUACGUAGUGUCGUUCACGGAUCAACAUAUGCUUUUACCUGCGCUACAUCACAACAAGACGAGGAGACCAAAAAUGUCGUUAAUAAUGCCAUCUAUGUUACCAAAUAAAACAAGAUCCCAAUCGUCGUUAAUCCCGCUCAUGCAGAUUGACUGUGAGGUUCUAGACACCAGGUGGAUUCACGUAAAACACGGGGUGAUUCCCCAACGGUUCAAAAUGCAUAGCAAUACUACCCAAACGGAACCUGACGAUACUAAAGCAUCCGUGAGUGACGCCAACACGACGAACCAAGAAUAUUACGACAAACCUUACAAACCAUAUUUCAUGAAACCGCAGGAGGGAAUUUUCACAUUAAAUUAAAAUCGUAUACUCCACAUAUAUACCUAAGUGUGUAAUGUUGGAGUAUAAAGUUUAGAACUAAAAAGCAAUUUAGAAAAAAACUGAGUUAAGAUUAUUUUAUUUAAAAUUUUUGCUGUUGUAAGAUAAUAACCAAAAGACUAAUUGAUUUGGAAAAAUUUUGGCAAUUAUUUUUACCUCAGUUUUUAUAUAAUUUGAUCUCACAUUAUCUAUAGGUUUUUAAUUCGGAAAGAUUUAAUAAGAAUGUUGAAAGCAACAAUUUAUCCGAUCUACAACCAAUGCAGGACAUUUGGGACGUCAUAGAUCGAUUCAUUACCAAUUCGCCAUUUUAUUUCAAUUUUUAUUUAUUUAAAUACAUGUUUAUAUACGUUUGACAACCUAAGAAGACUUUUUUUUAUUUUUAAAAUUUGGUUAUAAUUGUUGUUGUCUUCUUUCUCUUAAUAAUUAUAUGUGGUAGCUAUUUUUUGAGAAUUUUGUAAUUUGAUUAUUUAUCCAUCUCCGUACAAAAAUCUUUAGUAUUUAUCCGACUAACUGUGACAGUAUGUCUUAAGUAUGUUUAUUUAAGUUACAUAUUGUAGGCGAUAAUGUGCAGAGAGUUUGGUAAUAUACAAUACAAGAUUGUUGCAAUUAUAUGCCCUGUAUGUCUGUCACAUAUUUAUGGAGAAAUAUUGUUAAUAUUCUUGUGAAAUGAGAUGGUUUCCUGAUCAAUAUAAUUAAUUUAAUGUACGUUAGACCAUUAUUACGUCAGUAUUUGAUUUUUAAUAUACGUUGAAUCAAUAAUUCUUUAAAAAUUAUCUGCAUAUUUAAUAGUUUAAAUAUAUGAUGUCACCGACUCUUCAUUUAAAUGCAUCAACCUCAAAAUAUAUACAAGUUUAGAACUUCAAGAAAUGAAUAUUAUAUUAAAUUAAUGUCUAAAUGAUACAGCAAUACUACAAUAGUUGCACUCCUACUUGUUGCACCAGAAAGGUCACUGCCGCGCUGUUUACUGAGUUCAAUGUGAAUUGUGCUAGUAAGAUAUGCGGAAUUUUUAUGUUGGUAUUUAAACAAGUAACAUAAAAUAUUACAUCGCUUUAAUUUGCCAAAUAUUUUGCAAGUAUUACCUUUGAUCUGACUAAAACAAGCAUUACGAAAUUUAAAAAUAAUUCCAAUAUUCCAUUCCAAAACAGAAGUUUUCUGACUUAAAAUGAAAAUACUUAUUUUUUCAAAAAAUAUUACAUUAGGGGUUAUCUUCAGUUAAUAAUGGUUUUAAAAUGUCGCAUCUUUCAACCUUCGCAUAUUGUUGCACCCAUUACAGGUGCCGGAUUUACCAAUUUAUACUUUUAACCUCACAAAAAAUAUUAAAUGAUGUCUUCAGCAUGAAGUUAUCGAUCUCAAAACUUCGGUAAUCUUCAGUCAGAAUUAUUCUGAAUAUUGAGCUGUUCAAUGAAGAUGAUAAUAAAUUUUGUUGAAUAAUCCCACAGAAAAAAACCAUUUGGGACCAAAGCGGCAGAAAAAACUGACUAAAUACGGUAAAGAUAAAAAUCAGAGAGGGGAGAGUAUAAAGGAGAUAAUGCUCGAAUCAGUAUACCUUCCAUAUGAUACAACGGACAACCUCCAACAAGCGAGAUGGGACAGCUAUUGAGAGAUUGCAGAAUAAAUUAACUGCAACUGAUCAUGAACUGUAGCACGAAUACCUUAAACUGGGGCAGCACAAACAUAAAUGAAAUAGCUGAGUCGUUACUACAGCUUAUUAUGAAAUAAUUUAGAUAUAUUAAAUAUAGGAAACAUACCAACUUUCAUAACAACAGAACGAAAAGGGAUAAUUGAUAAUAUACCACAGUACCACAAUUGUAGUGCAUACUCAAUGAUACUAAAAGUAAAGCCAUGUAAAAAGUACGGGUUUCGGAUAGCUUUAUCACCAAUAGAGGUCUGCGACAAGGUGACAAAAAUCUGUUGUUAUCAACAGAUUUUUUCAAUUUGAGCUUAGAGAAGAUUUUACGAGAAUGUAACAUCUACACUAGAGGCACAAUAUAUCAUCACAGGCAUCAAUGCGUAGCAUACGCAGAUGAUGUUACCUUAAUAACAAGGAGACCUGCAGAAUUAAGAGAACUCUUUACUAGAAUAGAGAGAAUAGCAGGGAAUAUGGUUUAGAAAUAAACGAGGAAAAAACAAAAUAUAUGGUGAUGAGGGGAAACGAAAAUCAUCUAGGACAGUCCUUUAAGAUACAAAGCCCAAGUAAAGAAUAUAACUUUGAAGUUGUUAGCCAAUUCAUUUACUUGGGAGUGACACUAACAAAUAGGAACGAAGAGAACCAAGAAAUCAUAAAAAGAAUGGCCAAAGGUAGUAAGAGUGGGGGGGCCUGACUAAAGGGUAAACGUCCAUCUUUACUAGCCUAUAAAAAAAUCAUUAAAACAUGAGUCACUCGUUUCAAUUGUGGUAAUAAUAAUAAUAAUAUCGUAUGGAUUUUUUUGCCGGGGAGAUCCUUUCGGAUUGUUCCGGCGCCAAUUGGAUCGUUAAGCCUGUUUCAAGUAGCUAGUGUCGAUGCACGCUAGCCCUGGGGAACCGACGGCUUUACGUGCCCUUCAAAGCACGGUGAACUGCUCGCAUCAUUUUUAGAUGCAUGUGUUGGAUGAGGUUGUUCAGAUUCUUGUUCAAACCAUCGAAAAAUCUGCUUUGAAAUGACAGGCAAUAAAGAUUUUUCGUAACCCUCGUAAAACCGACUGGGAAACAUAACAAGUCAACCUGGUAUACUGUGUGCUGCGAUUAAACGUAUAAUAAGCCAUACACUUGACCCAGACAUGGUUGCCGAACAAUUUGAAGAGAUUAAAUUUUAUCAAGCGGCUUUUGAAGGAUUCAGUUGAAUACACUAGGAAUGGUGAUGAGAUCCUGAAAGAACUUUUUAGGCUGCACUUUUCUGGGUAUGAAACUAAACUGAUACCACUAAACACGAUGCAGCAUACUAUGCUGAAAACCAUAACUUAUGUUUCUGAGGGAAACUGGCGUCUAGCAGAAGUUAUAGAUUAGGAAAAAGUCAAAUGGGCAAUAAAGUUAUUAGAUUCAUCUAAUACUUCUGCAAAAGAAAAAUGACCUGUACAAAAAAUUAUGUAUGAUACUACAGACUAGUUUAGGAAUGUUGCAUAUACAAAGAUCAUCGAGUAUCAUAAUUUUAUACCUUUUGGAGUUAAUGAAUUUUGAACGCAGGUCAAUGUGGACUUUAAUGUAUCUUUAAUGCAUCUUACGGGGUGUGAUCUGAUAAAAAUAAUCAACAUCACCAUCUUGGUCAUCCUGAUUUCCAGUUAGACCAUCAUUGAUUCUUAUUUCCGACAAAUAAUUAACUAAAUACUCCAAUCAUUGAGCAAUGAGCUUUUGUUUUUUUUUUUCAUCCAUCAGUCGGUUUAAUGCGAAAAGUUAUAAGAAACCGACAAUGUAACAUAUAUGCAAGAGUUAUAUUUUUUGCUUCUAAAAAUGAUUCACUCCAGAAUAUAUGCCAGAUGUGAAGAAAACAUUGGCGAAUCUCAGUUUGGUUCGAGUGUUUCGAUACAAGGGAGUCGUUAUUGGUCAUCCAGGUUUGCAUACACAGAUAGCAAGAUAUAUGUUGGUGUAUAUAAAAGCAUUUAAGCAAGUUAAUUGCUAUUUUGAAUGACAUAGCUGACAUUAGAAUUAAAAGUCUGACAUCCGAAUAAGUUCCUAUUAAGAGAGGAGUUCGACAGAGAUAUGUGUUCUCUCUGCUUUUGUUUAAUUUAUAUACAGAGAAGAUUUUCGAAGAAGUUGUGGAAGACAGAAAAGAAGCUAUAACUGCCAACGGACUAGUCAUCAAUAACUUAAGAUAUGCUGACAACACAUUCAUCAGCAAAAACAAAAAUAUAGCCAACAAUCUAAUUGAUAUUAUAAUCUGCUAUAUGCAAUGGGAGAAUGGACUAUCGUUGACAUGAUGUGUACAAUAAUUGUGGCUUCCGAUAUGUGGGUGUACCGCUGAAUUUUGACGAUCUGAAUACCAUAAAAAGGAGAAAAUUGAAGUACUUUGCCCACGUGAUGGGAAAUGCUAAAUAGGAAUUACUACAUGUAAUGAUUCAAGGAAAAAUAGAAGAGAAACAUGAUCCUGGAUGACGAAGGACAUCCUGGCUCAAGAACCUUCUCCAGUGAUAUGGAGGUAGGGCCACUAGGACACUAUUCAGGACCGCUGUGGACAAAGUAAUGAUCAUGCAACUGGUUGCCAAUGUUCUGCAGGACAAGACACUUAAAGCAGAAGAUUUUUUUGCAAAGUAUGACAAGUAGCUAAGCAACAUUAAUUUAAAACCAAAUAAAAAUUAAAUUAUGAUGCUUUCAAACACACGUGUAGUAAAAACAAGUUAUACUUAAGUUAUGUUAUUUAUAUUAUUAACUGGCACGACUAACAGUCAGGAGUUUUUAUUAUUUUUUUAUAGGAAAGAAACGAUCACGUACUUGGCAGUAUCAGAAUGGAACAUUAAACUUAAUAUUUCGGGGAUAUUAUAUUUUGAUUCAUAAUAUACAACCAAAAAAUAUAUAGAUACCUGGUGAUGCAUUUAAAGUAAUGAGUGACCGCACAAUUUAUUAAAAUCUUGUUUAUAGUCUAUUUGUUUAGUUUAUAACGCUUUUUAAGUUCUAAUUAUAUUUAAUUUUCUUUAUUAUUCUACUUAAUUUAAUAAAAAGUACAAAUCUAUUAGUAUACUAAAAUUGAUUUAUGGUUUUAUUAUGUAUAUUGGGAUGUAGAUAUGUAGAUAAUAAGCAAUAUAUUUGCUUAUGAUAGAAUGUUUGUUAAUAAUUCUUUUAAUGCACAAGAAGUGAGAAUUUAUCACGAAUUUUAUCGAUUGGUAAGUUAGGUACAUUUUAAAUGGUAUUAUGAUAUCAAUUAUUAUAAUUGAAAUACUCAAGAGUAACAUAAUUUCCAUUAUCUGCAUUUUAAAUACGUUUUUGGUGGUUUAGACAUUUAUACUCCGCUUUCAGUAGCAACUUAUUAGCAGCUAAUUUUCUUUCAUCCUGCUAUUCCGAAAGAUUUUUAUAACACUCAUUAAUUUAUACGAGAAUAUUUUUUGUCUAACGGGCUAUACCAAAAUGUCUUCACAAAAAACUGAAUGAUCUAGUCUAGAGACUGAUUUGGUUUGACUUUUAUAUAUUGGACAUUUCCUAUUGGCCGUUGCUUUUCAUCUAAUUUGACGUUGUCAUUUUUGUACAGUGUUGCGAUAUUAUCAGGACAAUGAAAAAUGUAUGAAAUUGUAUUGUCAAAAAAUUAAAAUAUAAGGUAUAGUAGGCACGUAAUUUCGUUGAAAAAUUUACGGGAACAAGAGCGAGUAAGAUAGUAGCAAAUUGGCAACAAUGUUAUAGUGACCAGUAGUCUACCGAACAGUAGCGUAGAUAUCUAAUUUUAAAUUAAAUAAAAGUUAUUAUUUUGCAAACAUUUGCUUUCAAGUGUAAAUGGGACCGUCGCAUGUACUCAAAUUAUGUGGGUAUCAUUAAAUAUUUUAUUUUACCAAAAAGUUUCAUUUUCUAUAAAGUUCAAAUAAAAACUAUCUGUGUUAUCAACACUGUGUGUGUGUUCUAUUUGGCUGAAUUUGCCACAAUCCUUUCUUCUCUGUCUAGAAGAAGAUGUUUCUCCUAUAAUCUUGUAGCAGGUCCUUUUAUGCACUCUGUUUAAAAAACAUGUUUCUACAAUUAUUUUUGAUUUAGAUAAUUCAGAACACAGUCCUUCAUAAACAUGUUUCAUCAUACGUUUGGCAUCCUCAGAGAUUGAAAAUGUCACUUACGUUUUACUACACAGUUUUAUAUAUCUACCAGUUGAUUAGAGGGUUCCCCUGGCUCUUCAGCUGCAGAAUUAUUAUCACACCACGGUCGCCACAUUUUAAAAGUAUCUUAGUAAAAUGGUAAAAGAAGUUUAGAAAGAGCACUGACGAAGUCAAAACCAAACUCACUUGCAGUGAGUUUAAAUCUGCUUUCGCUGGUUUAAAAAUAAUAUAUAUCUACCUACCCAUCCAAAUCCAAAACACUCGAUGGAUGAACCGUGAUUUUUCCUGAUAAACUAUUUUAUGGUUUCGGUCGCUCGGGCAAAUAUUGUAUAUCUCUCAAAAUGCAAAGUAUAUCUCUCAAACUAUAAAACCAUUUACUUUUGAGUACUAAUUCAUUUUAAUUCUAGCAUAAUACCAAUAUAUUAUUAUAAUCUAAGCAUUUAAAUGUGUGAUUUAACUGACAGCGGGUAUUUUUAACUCUGUAGUAUGUCUAAAUUAGACUUAAAAGUGGUAGAUGUAUACCUGUAAGAAAAUAUAAUAAGUAUUUUUUUGUAUAUUUCGGAUUAUAAUUGAUUAUUUUUAUAUUUUUAACAGGUAUGUUUAUUUUACCGUGUUACGUGAGAAAUUGUUUUUACGUGCACCGUUUUUUAUGAACAAUAAAGGAAGAUACAAAUC